CGCAGACCGUUCUGACUACAUGGCGGAGCAGGACUUCGAGAGGGACCCGUUGAGCAGCUUCAGCGGUCACUACUCCAGAUACAAUGACGGCCACGGUCAUCACGGUGGAGGACUGGGAUCCAGACGAGGGAUUCCCGACAGAGAUCAUUCGUACGACAAUCACGCAUACUACAACCCAAGGAGCGGCCGCUACGUCCAGCGCAGGCAGAAGGGCUCCUGCUGCUGAGCGGCAGGCGGGGGCCGCGGCGGCCCCGCGGCCGUGCCUUCGCGGAUGGAGCGAGGAGGAGCGGCAUCUCUUUUCUGAGCGGAGGGACGGUCCAGGUGGGGGCCCGGCCCUCGAGCGGGCGACGCUGGCUUCACAGCGUGGGCGCAGCUCGUGGCUCUCCCGGGCUUCCCGCCAGGGCAGCGCCGAAUGCCCAUGUACAGUUAGCGAGAGAGCCUGCAGGGCACCCGCGGUGCGCACCUGCCUCUCCCUCGGACGCGCUCGCUGGAACGGCAGUCGGCGCGGGCAGCGCCCGCGGGCAGCGCCUGCGCACCACGAGGGUUGCAGAGCCGCAGCGCAGCCGCCCGCGGCCGGGCCAAAGCGGCCGGGGCCGCUGGCGAUCUCCCGAGGAGGCUGCGGCGAGCAAGGCGGGCGCCGUGGGCCCGAGCGCGGUUCCUUGGAGAGCGCGCCCGGCCCCCGCGUUUUUUGUCGUGCAGAGCUCACGACGGGUUGCGCUGCAGUUUCGGGGGGCCUCGCCUGUCCCCCAAAGUCGGUGUCUUCUUUUGUGCCUGACGCGGGCUCGACGCGGAUCUGGUGUGGAUUCGGCGCGGAUUCGACGCGGAGCUGCCCUUUGUAAAGAGGGCGUCGUUGGUGUCUAUGAUCGCGCUCACGCUUGGGCUUGCUCAGCGAGUCUGCUUCUGCCCUGGCGCCCAGGCGAUACAUAAAGCGAGGCAGAUUGAUUAAUGAGCCAGGCUAUGUGUCAACGCAGUCUGGCAAAUUAUCUUCGUCGGCCAGUGGGGCCGAGCCCACGCCAGUGAGGCUUGGGUCGGCUCAACGCUGCCCCUCGCGGGCAAGCGCCCCCGCGCCCGCCGCGCGGGCAGCGGCGCUGGCGUGGCCGAGCACGGCCUCGCCCUGGCUGACCGCAGGAGGCGCCCUCGCGGAACCGCCCCGCCGCGCCGCCCCGGACACGCCGCCGUGGCCUCGCUUCUGGGCGC